AUGCAGCAGAUCGACGAUUGCAGCGGCGAAUCUGCCACUACUCCGAAGAAGAUCAGCAGUGGCGAUCCUACCACCCUAAACCCUCUACCUCCUUCCAAUCGACGUCUCGGAGUAUUCAGUCAGCAGCUGGCGGCGCCGACGCUAGAACUCUCAGAGGGCAAAGGAGCGUCGGCGGCUAAACCUCCUCCGUCGACUCCUGCUAUUUUGAUAGCUGAAUCUCCGGCUCCUGCUGCUCCGAUUGCAGCUGCUUCGGCACCGAGGAAGGUGGUGGCGACGUCGUUUGCGAAGAAAUUGGCGAAGCAGCAUAAGGAGGAUGUGGAGAAAGCUGCUGGAAUCGUACCUGUACCGAAGGCGAGUGUAGCAGCUGCGGUGGCGCAGUCGCCGCCUGCGCCCGCAGCUUCGACAGCUUUGAGGAGGAAGAGCAUCAACGGCGGCGGCGGCUUUGCGAUGGGAAAGGGGGAAGAAGUGAAGGAGAAUGAAGGGGAGGCGACUAGGAUGGAGUGUCCGAUUUUGGAGUUUUCUAAAAACAGUUUGCAAAUAAGCCCCUCAAUCAAAUGUGUCUUCUUGGGUUAUGGAAAAAAUCAAAAAGGGUAUAGAUGUUAUGACCCGUCAACAGAUCGAAUGUAUGUUACUAUGAACUGUGACUUUGUUGAGAGUGAAUACUUCUAUAGCCAAUCUAGCGGUCAGGGGGAGAGUGAGACGGAAAAUCCAAACAGUGACGCACUAAAUUGGCUACCUCUGUGGGGAGAAACCAUUCAGGGGAAGGACAGUCAGGGGGAAAACAACCAAACUACCCUACCAGACCAAAAUCCUGUUAUAGAAAUCGGUCCAACAGAGGAAGUUAGCAGUACCACCGGGCAGUCAAAUCCACAGGAACAGAACAUGCCGGUUCAGGACACUGCCAAGCUAUCUGACCAGUCCUUGAAUCCUGAGGUAAAUGCUUCUGAUCCCAAUAUUGGUACCCUACUUGAAACCACUGACAGUGACAUGGAAAACAGAAGUGAUACAAAUGAGCCACCGACGGAACAAGAAACAGGGCACGACAGAUUGCCCCAAAGAAGUACAAGGGGCAUUCCUCCUCGGAGAUAUUCGCCAGACUGGAAAGGGCGGAAAUCUAGAUACUGUGUUGCAAAUCUUACCCUGGGACACCUCACCGAAAUGGCUAGGGCAUUCGAAGCUGCACUUUAUGAAGAAGAAGAGAUUCCACAGUCCUUCGAAGAGGUGUAUGGAGUAGACUACGAAGAAACUUUCUCCCCUGUGGCCAAACUAAAUACAGUGAGAGCACUUCUAUCUGUAGCUGCAUGUAAGGAAUGGCCAUUAUACCAGUUUGAUGUUACAAAUGCUUUUCUUCAUGGAGAACUUGAGAAAGACAAGGAAGUCUACAUGGAGGUCCCCCCAGGUUUUUGUGAAGAAUUUGGAAAAGGACAGGUGUGCAGACUGAGAAAGACCCUUUAUGGGUUAAAGCAAUCCCCUAGAGUGUGGUUUGGAAGAUUUUGCCAGGCAAUGUUCAAACAUGGCUUCAAACAGAGCCAUUCAGAUCACACACUAUUCCUAAAGAAGAGGAACGGCAAAAUGACAUGUCUAAUAAUCUAUGUUGACGACAUGAUCAUAACAGGAGAUGAUGCCGAAGAGAUCCAAAAUCUAAAGGAGAAUCUUUUCAGAGAGUUUGAAAUGAAGGACUUGGGAGCUUUAAAGUACUUCCUAGGAAUUGAAGUGUUGAGAUCCAAGCACGGAAUAUUCCUAAGGAAAAAGAAGUAUGUACUUGACAUGCUAGCUGAAACGGGACUACUAGACUGCAAGCCUGCUGAAACUCCAAUGAUACCCAACCAUGGAUUGAAGAUAGUGGAUGGAGCUAAGCCUACAGACCGUGAAAGAUAUCAACGGUUAGUAGGUAAACUUAUCUAUCUUUCUCAUACCAGGCCCGACAUCACAUAUGCAGUUGGAGUCGUCAGUCAAUUCAUGCAUCAGCCUCAGGAAGACCAUAUGGAUGCUGUCAUGAGAAUUGUGAGAUAUUUAAAGGGAACAACCAGUUAUGGGAAAUUGGAUUCCCACCGACACGGAGAAGUCAGCUUUUCUGUGACAAUAAAGCUGCAAUCAGCAUUUCAGAAAAUCCCGUACAGCAUGACAGGACUAAACAUGUUGAGGUCGAUCGUCACUUUAUCAAAGAGAAACUUGAAAGCGGGAUUAUCGAGUUCCCAUUUAUCCGAUCCGAAGAACAACUGGCAGACAUUCUCACCAAAGCGCUGA